AUGGGCCCUCCGCGUCUAGCUCCGAAAUUGGUAAUAAUCACAAACAAAGGUAACGUAGUACUAGAAGUGGAAGAAAUAUACCGGAUUAAAGGAUCGGAUAUGCCUACGGAUGAAAGUAGUGGAUAUGAUGCGAAUUACGGGAGCGACUGCGAUCUGUCUCCAUCCGAGAUAGCGCAAGAACAAUAUGUUAGUGAGAAUUUUAAUUCAAUAGCUAUUCAAAACAAUUCAAGUAAUAUUUCAUCAUUGAUUUCUAUUAUGGUGAAAUAUUUUGAGAAGAAUUCGACAUCAAAGUUUGAUCCUGCAAACAGUUACAUUCUUGAUCUUUCCUCGAAAUCAACAAUUGCAAAAGAAUUCACACCAGAAUGUUGUUCCAAAUUAAUCGCGGAUCGUCCUAACGUUGUCACUGUAGAAUAUCAUAAAGAGUUAGAUGUGAUAUUCGAAUACUUAUUUGGAAAAAAGAUUAAAAAUGUUCAGCAAGCUCGAGUUCAAUGGGAAAAUUUAAGGAGCAUUAAAGCUCCUGAUUAUAAAAACGAAUUCUCAUACGGGGUUGAUGAAUGGAAAAAAAUAUUAUGGUGGAUAGAGUGGGCAGUAGGCCGAUUUCUCAAUGCAUUUGAAACUGAACGAAAUCCUUUGUUACAGAAUGAUUGUCAUGAAAGGGAAUUUUUGGGAGGUUAUUUAGUUCUAUCUUUCAAGGUGCGUUGGCACCUGAUGGACGUUUUCGAGGGUGAAGUCACGGUACAAACUUCCAUGCAAAGACGUAACAAUAACAAAAUUAUUUUAGAAGAAAAGGUAGAUCGUGGCCAUUUAACAUAUUUGCUGUGCUCCACCGAAUCUUAUGAAAUAUUGUGUUUAUUGGCGUGUGGUGGUCCACACAAA